GCGCUCUCAGUCACACGGGCACCUUCACAGACGUCACAUCGGUGGUUAGGGAAAGUUAUCGUGAACCACAUGGGAGGAAAAUUCCUUCCAGAGAAAAAAAUAAAUAAACAUUUUGUCAGCUAGCCAGCGAGUGUCCUUCGUGAAACGUGAAACCUCUGGAGGGGAUACACGGCUGAAAUAACGUUACAGUUCGAUCUCUGCCUCGUUUAGCUGUCUGUUGUUAUCGACGAUGAUGAGAUUUGUUUAUUUUUCUAUCUGCCUCUGCGAUGAAAGCUUUACGAGCAAGACAACAAGACCAGCUACAGGAUGACUUUCAUCCAGGACAGUCUAUCGUACAUUCGCGUAUGUAAAUUUUACUCGUUUCCUUCCAUAAUGCUUCUAGUGCUGCCAUAUCGCGAAAGAUGAGAUAAUUGUAUACUAAUCGGCUGUGAAUGAUUGCGACUCUCACUUUAUCGAAAAAUUCAGAACUAUUUUUAGGGAUGCUCGACGAAACUAAAAUUGUUUGAUUAUUGAUUUUUUGAUAGUCUUUGACCAACCCCAACUGGGUAGCACACAUUCUCCCAGACCAAUAGCGUCAAAGUAGAUGCACUUGAACUGUAGUGGCAGUGUAAGUAAACAGCUGUUGGUCGGCAGCCAGGAAAUAUCACCAUCAUUUCCCUGUGUACUGUGUUGAGAAAAAUAACCACACCACCUGCGAAAAUAUCAGCAGCACUGCCACCCAGUGCAGUGAUAAUUGUUCCAUUGAGCAUUUUUCUUUGAUAACAACGGACAGCCAACCUACAGUAGGCGUUUUAACGAUAUGUGUAUAGAAGCCGUUCGGAAUUUCAGUGUAAAGAAGAUAUUAUUAAAGUGAAAUAUAGUGAUCUCCGCGAGAGUGAACCAUCGUUUCACAGUGGGCUGCUUCCCAACGUCAGGAGCAACCAGUGAUUGAAUGGAAAUAAGGGAAAAUAGUGAGCAGAAUACAGAGAAUGCAUUUCGUGAAGUCAUAUCCAGUUGUCGGUCGCUUAGCAAAUAUGAAACCAACACGAGGUCCGCAUUGCCACAGAUUUUCUCGGCUAUCAUCGCCGCUGCCUUCCACAUUGUCAUCGGCAUUUCGCUAGCGUAUUCCGCCAUAUUGAUUCCGCAGCUGGAAGAUCCGAACAGCGACGUGAUCGUCACGAAGACUCAAUCAUCAUGGAUUGCAUCGAUCAUUGUGAUAAUGGUCCCGAUCGGAUCGCUAUUCGCUGGUGUUUUAAUGGAGUAUCUAGGCCGACUAAACACCAUCAAACUAGCGGCAAUCCCGUGCAUCAUUGGAUGGAUUGCCAUUGCACUAGCAGACAGUUUCUUCUGGAUCAUGGUCGGCAGGGUGCUGACCGGAUUCGCCUGUGCCAUAGGGACAAGUCCCGCUAUUGUGUACAUUACCGAGGUAUCCCGUCCUGAUAUGAGAGGAUCCCUAAUAUCCUCGGGACCAACAAUUGCGUCAUUAGGUAUGGUGAUCGCUUAUGCCAAAGGUGCUUACAUGAACUGGCGAUUAGUAUCAUGGAUCAAUAUUGUAUAUACGAUUGUUCCAGUACUCUUAAUUCAACUAUUCGUACCUGAAUCUCCCGUAUGGUUGGUUUCUAAAGGACGCAUCGAGGAUGCUGCUCGAUCUCUCAAGUUUCUUUACAAAAACUAUCCUCAACCUGAGCAUACGAAUCAAACCCUUUCCGAAAUGCAUCUCAACGCAUUGCUGAAGGAGCGCGAAUCUAAAAUCCACGAAGCCGAAAAAAAUGUUGGUGCUCACAAAUCGAAACUUCGAGGGUUCCUCAAACCAACCGGCUACAAACCGAUGAUCAUUCUGUUCUGGUUCUUCCUGAUUCAACAAUUUAGUGGUAUUUACAUAACGCUAUUCUUCGCUGUUACUUUCAUUAGGGAUGUUGGGACCGAAGUGAAUGCAUAUACUGCUUCCAUUUUUGUCGGAUUGACACGGUUUACGAUGUCACUGUUAAAUGCAUGGCUUCUGAAAAAAUUUCCACGAAGACAACUGGUCAUGGUAUCAACAACUGGGAUGGCAGCAUGCAUGUUCAUCUCUGGUCUGUUUACGUUGUGGAUAAAGGAAGGAACCACAACACUAACAUGGAUUCCAGUGCUGUGUCUUUUGUUGUACGUUUGCUCGUCUAUGGUGGGACUGCUGACAAUUCCCUGGACAAUGACGGCAGAAUUAUUCCCCACAGAAAUCAGAGGAAUAGGUCAUUCACUUUCCUACUCGAUGGCAAAUACGCUAAUGUUCAUAGCUGUUCAAAGUUACAGAUCGUUGACAGACUUCCUUGGCGGUUCUUACGCCGUUCAAUGGAUGUUCGCUGUUGUUUCGGCGAUUGGUUUUCUGUUUGCCCUGAUAUUCCUUCCCGAAACACAUGGCAAAUCGCUUGCCGAAAUCGAGGCAUAUUUCGCCGGGAUGAGUGGUAAAAAGCGAACUCCCGGAACAGUGCCAGACAACCCAGUUACCAUUCAUCACAGCACAGUGACUGAGCACCUUAUAAAGAGUCCAAGUUCAGCAUCGUUCAAACUGAAGGAGGCGGAAUCAAUGCUAAAACAUAGAGAAGUGGCUUAAUUAGAUUUACUAGACUUCGAUGGGAAUCUUUGCAUCACCGUUCCGUACUUAUUCAUAUACCAGUGAAGAAGACGUUAGUAGGAAGCAACUAGUAUUCGUGUUAAGUGUACUUACGUAUUUGACUGGCGUGAAUUUACUCCAAAUUCAUGAUCAGAAUACGCCCUUUAUAUUUUGAUAGGAUAGGAUUUUCUACGAAAAGAAAUCAAAGUAUUAAAACUUCAAAAUCAACACGGAUUAUUUAUUAUUGAGCGAUAAAAAAGAUAUAUUUUGUUUUAUGUAGUUUAACAAGUAAAUUAGAGAAGCUUUGUGAUAUUCUGCGAUGACAGAAUAGUAGAUGUUUCCAAUACCCCACGUAAAAGAUUCGGAGUGAAUUUACUAAACGUGCGCACGAGAUAAUGUGAUUAGUUAGGAUUCAGUACGUGUACGAUAAAACCAAAUUGUGAUUUUUAUCGUCGUCGAAUUGAUUUUAAUUGCACUGCUACUUAAAGUUUCUAUUGCAAAUGCUGUUAGCUAGGGAUUAGUGUAGACUAACAAGCAUUAGUAUUGAUUUGAUUAUUGUUAUCAACAGUUCGCAAUUAUUCGAAUGUAUUCUGUACUGUUACAUAGCAUGGUGAACAAAACAAUGAUUUGAAUGGAUUGAGCUUUCAAAAGUAACGAGUGCGAUAGAACGAAUAAAACAACUAUUUUUAGAAACGGUUUGACAGUAAGAA